GAGUUUGCCGCGUACCAAGCGGUUUGAAAUCAAAUUGGAGAGUUUGCCUGUUUGCCCUUCGCGCGCUGUACAUCGCGGGUGACACAUAAACGGUGCAUUUCCCCGCGGAAGAACUGCUGAAGUUGUUCCCGGUUUCUGGUGCUCAAGCGUGAUUGUGAUGAAGUGAGAAGCCACAAGAACACAACCUAUCACGUACUGUUUGAGGCGCGCCGGAAACCUGCGCAUCGUACAAAUGUCAACCCAAUUCAAAGCCGAGCAACAAAACAAGCUACGCCGCUCCCUACCUGGCCAGCGGAAGGAACAAAACAUCAUGAAGAUGAAGUCUGAUAAACUAACCGGCAGGCAGCGGAUGCCGAAACGGAACACCGUUGGUAUGCCGAACGAGACCGCCCUGCACUUUAUCGAGCUGGUGAAGCGUAACGGCUGCCUGUGGAAUCCGCUAGACCGACAGUUCCGCGAUAAGGAGAGGCAGGAAAAGGCCUGGAAGGAUGUGUCGGAAGCGAUGGGAUUUUCUGUCGACGAGCUGAAGGACAAGUGGGUGUCGUUGAAAAGUUCAUUCCGGGCUUACCAGCUCAAGUUUGCGUCAGAACCCGAAAAGGCACGUAAAUGGUUCGCGUUCGAUGCGAUAAAAUUCUUGGCAACUUCGACAAACAGUGGUUCGGUGUCGGAUGCCGGACCCGUGCACCACCAUGACAGAUCCACCCCGACCAAAGAAGAACUGGUGGUUGAAAUAUGCAAAGAUCAGAACACUAUUGUCGAAUAUUAUGCGGAGGUUGAAGAUGACCACGAACAUCCGCGCAUCGUAACACGAAACCCUGGCACUGGGGAGCGAACGUACGAAGAAAUGAAGGUCGAACAUUACACCACCAACGGUUGUGUAGCGGAUGGCAAAGUGCAGUCGCCGGCGAGCGAGAGUGCGAACGAUGUGCUCGAUCGGAGCACCAUUUUUGGACAGAGCGUUAGUGUGAAGCUGAAGUGUUUGGAUCGCCGGCAGCAAAUGUUGGCCGAAAAGAUUAUCUCCGAUGUCAUGUUUGAGGCAGAACUGGGCAAUCUUACUACCGCGCACGUUUGGGACAUUCAGCAAGUGUUGCGAAAUUUACAUGCAUCCAGAUCGCAGCAUCUGGCGUCGUCGGAUCAGUAGGAAAGUUCAGAGGCUUAAAGUGUUUACUCAGUUUUGUAUUGUUAGGGAGCGUGACUGUAAAUAAGAAUAAGUUAUUUUUAAUGUGAAAAGCACAAACACACAUUCACACCAUUGAAACAAUUUUAACUGAAGGACAAUAUACUGUUCACAAAGAACAACGAAAGAUGAAA